GUGCACAAUAAUUAUGGAGUUGGCUCUCGAACAAUACACUGAUCUACGCGACUCCAAUUUGAGGUCAAGUGCACAACAUUGAUUGGGUUGGUCCUCGGCAGUAAAGCCGGAAGUGUAUCAUUUUAGAUAUUAGUUCGUAUUUUGGUAAUUCUCUUGUAAUCGAUUACAGUCCAUACAUCACCUGAUGAGCAUACCAUUCCCUAAGUAUCUACUAACCAACUGGUUCAUCAAUGUCAGGAAUAGUAGGCCUACGAAGUUUUAAAGAGAGAUUAGGAAAACCAUUUAGAAAACGCAGGAAAUUAGGAAAAGAUGAGGAAGAGUGGUAUGAUGCCCUGAGUAAUUUGUCAGUGGACAGCAGCGACGAUAAUGAUGAUGUUUACUAUGACGCACCGGUAGAACCGAUUGAUGUCACAACAACGUCGAAGAGAUUACGAAGACGCAAAAAACAGGCCGAAAAUAAGUCAAAUAAAAAACAAGCAACAAUGCAUUAUCAUUUCAAUACCCGAUCCGCAGGGAGAUGGAGACUGGGGUCCAAUAAUGGAACAUCUGAACAACCCCGGAACGCUCCUAGUCACUCGCGAGAAACCGGUUUAAAAUAUGAUGCAUCGCGGGAUUCCCUCAUUGGCACUCGGACCAGAGCAGGUGAUGUGCUUCGCUUUGGUGCUGGAGGACCGUCUAGCUCAACAACGUCAGAACGGAACACAACACGACCGUCUGCCCUGAACACGGACCGGCCGCAAACCAUCGGCACCAGACCAUCUACCAUCGGAUCCCGACCACCAACCAUCGGAACCCGAUCAUCAACCAGCGCCUUCCGACUACAGUCAAAUAUUCCUGAAAUGGGUCAUCAGUAUAAAGAUGGAAUAGCUGACAACAAGAUUGAAAAACUAGCAGCAUCUCUCAUGGAUAUUGACAAACAAAGAGUCAUUCGCUUUGGUCGGGAACUUGGAUUACAAAAUGUUGGAAAGUAUUGUGGAUAUGGAAUUGGUAAACCGAUCUAUAAAUCAAAAAUACUUCUCAUGCUGCAAGACUGGAAAGGCAGAACCCCUGAUGCACAGCAGGUCCAAGGUUUAAUACAGGCUUUGAAGAAUGCAAACCUGGAGCAGCUGGCAGGGAAUUUACAAGACGACCCGGUUACGUUUAAACAGGGAGUUAGGAGUUCUCUCUUCUUUAAGGGAAGGAAGGUGACAGUAACCCUGAUGACAUCCUCUGAGCCUUUCAUCAUAGAGGGGUUGAGGACAAAGCUGAAAGCGUUACAGAGUAGUCGUCCCAAGCUCAUUGAAGCCGUUAGGCUCUACCAGCUACCGUACAGUGGACUAAAACACCACACCUUCAAGGAGGAUGUUGAUAUCAUGGUACUCUGUCAUUCAAUCGAAAACAUGAGAUUUUCCAUCACCAACGUGACUGACUCCCUCUACGACGAGUUCCUCGAAUACAGCAAUGAGAAACUUGGAAAAGAUAGAAUCGUUGUCAUGGCUCACGACUUCCCACCAGAAGCGGAAGAGGUAAGGGCAGUGAAGAUGGAUUCUUUUCGUUAUAGCCAAUACUCCACCUUCGAUAACGCAGGUCUGGUCAUGAUCGGUGGGAGGAUGGAUAAGAGAGAGCCGGAGAUUCGAGAUCGAGAUUGGGACAGCUUUGUGAAGUUCCUUGAGAAUGCCUCCAAGAUACCCCUUCCUUCCAAGUCUCCUCCUGCAGCUCAAACAUCAGUUCAUACAGAUGUCGCCUCCAACACCAAACAAACGUCUAAAUUGGAGGAGCGAAAAAUCAAGCCAUUGACAGUCUCUUCAAGUCUCUCCGUUAGGAUACAAACGAGAUCAUCCAAGCCCGUCAUCUAUAUCUGUACAUCCUAUGGACUCCACAGUAUCAAAGGGCUCGCUGAAAUGGUUCAGAAUUCGGUGAAACAGUGUUACUCUUCUUGCGAGAUCAAGGAGACGGAGCUGCCUUACAGUAGAUUAGACGACUUUAAGUUUCCUUCAGAGGCAAGCAAAAGAGAUGCCAUGAUUCUCUGCCAUUCGGUGCAUAACAGAGGUUACUCCAUCACUGAUGUUCCCAACUCACUUUACAACGUUUUUCUAAAGUACUGCAAUCAGCUUUUUGGUAAGGAUCGCGUGGCCGUGAUCGUACACGACUUCGAUUGCAGACAGGAAAUUCUUAAAAUCGAACUCCAGUCGUUCGGAAAGAGGCAGUCGACUGCUUAUAAAUUGGCGGGCUUCGUCGCUCUUGCGGGAGAUCUCAACACGUCCGAUGCCAAACUCUGCUACUAUCCAGAAAGUCUUGGCCUACAUUCUUUUGUCAGAAAAUUACUCUGAAUGCGAUUUGAUAUUGAAUGAAUUGUAUCGGGGACAUUCUUCACCACAAAGGGCAACUGCAAGGUUAAGAGUGAUGAAUUUGCGAGAGUGAAAACCCUGUCAAACCCUUGGAAUGAGAGUCAAUUUAUUGAUUUUUUUUUGGGCGUUACCGCUUCUCAUUACAUGACACCAAUGUUAAUAUUAACCAACUAACCAUUCGAAAUACCUGCUUUAUAACUAUUGAAUUGUUCUAUUUAGAUAUUUCUCAUCAAGGGAGAUCCGUAGCUACUUUAGACUCCAUUUCUGUUAUGUGUACAAACAUUGAUGUGUUACUUAUUAAAGUCACUUUGAAUCUGCUUUGAUGAAGCUUGGGAGGUGACGUCAUUAUAAGAGCUUCUGUUUUGCCCGUCGGAUGUGUGCGGCGGCCUUUAUGCAUACAAGUUGAUUGUGGAAUUGCUUCUCUGGGAACACGAUACGAAUGAAUAUUCUUCAUCUCAAGAAAUGGACGAAUUACAUUUAUGUACAUAGACCUUUCCAUGUUUUGCAAGGUAGGAGGGAGGUUAACUGUCUUGAUUGAAUUGGUGUUGGGGUAUGAAAAUCGUCUCGAUAUUGAAAAUUAUAGUCAACAUGUGGCCCAUUGCCAUGACUGCAUUUGGAAUGUCGCUUGGUUUACUUAAAAUAAUAUUUUCUCCUGUUUUGUUAUUGUUGUCAACUUGGCACUUUGUAAAGAGUUUUGAUCAGCGUUGAUAUUUGCAAAAACACCAAACGUAUUAUGGUAUUUGUCAUCGGUUUGAAAAAGCAGAUUGCAGUUACUUGUUCGGUAAAUAAAGCAAGUAUCAAGCACCGCCCCUAAUGUGAAAACAAUAGUGUUGGAUACAUUAGCGCAGAGCGCAUAACAAUGUUUGGAUUCGGACUCGAUCAAAUUUUCGAUUUAAGUAUCUCACAAUCUAAAGAAGACUUCUGACAAUUUAUUCUGAAACUUCGUGCGAUUGGAGAUUUGAAAUUGCGAGAAGUUGACAGGAUAAAUAACACAAAAAUACAAAAUCAUAUUUAUGAAAAUAAUAUUCAAGAACGUUUUCGUUUUUAUUUGAUUUUUGUCCUGUGUUCUCUUUCCAUGAAGAAGGUAAUGCAUGGACUUGUGCCAAAUUAAUUUUUAUUAAACGAAGUUUGUAUCGGAAUGAAAGAUUGGAAACAUUUACGUCUAUCAUAAUAUCGAGAGUAUUACACUUGCGAUAGUCUCAUAGGUCAUAGUAACAUCACAUACUGUGAAUAAUUAUGAGAAAAAAAUUACAUACUACUUUCAUUUUAAAUUUCGUUUGAAUGAGAAGUUGAUUAAAGCACAAAAAUGCUGUACAUAGAUGUUAAGAAUAAAUUGUAAUCCUAAUAAAUCUGAAAUAUGUACUCGAAAAAUUGAAAAGAUUUGUACAUGCUGGAAUUUCAAUUUCGUGACUGCGUCACUAUGACGUCACACACGUGUACUAGUUUCAUGAGGAUAAAACUGUAUAUCAAUGUUGGCGUAUAAUCACACUUGUGGCCUAUAUGUAUCACUUCGGGAAAGAGGAAAAACGGAAAAAAAAUAAUCAAUAAAGUUGUAUACUUCCUUAUCUUUA